AUGGAGACUCAAACUAUCGAGUUCACUGUUGAGCAACUUCUCGACUUACAUAGAUAUUGGAUUACAGAACUCUUUAUCAUGGACAAAAAGUCCGAGGAGGAAAUCGUCAAUCUGCUUCAUCAUCAUCAGAUCAAUGUCACUUCGCACACUCUUCACUCUUAUCUCUCAAAUUGGAAUUUACUUACUCCACGAAAGCGAUGA